AUGCUCACCUUAGAUCGGAGACGCCUAGCAUGGACCGCUGACUGGUCGAUCACGAGGGCGAAUGGUUCGAAUGUCACAUUCGGAUCGGAAUUACCAUUCGAGAUAUGGCGCGAGUUCCCGCGUUAUCGUCAGACAUUCGCCCUUGCGCAAAUUAUCUUACUUAUAUUAUUAUUGUUAUUAUUAUUAUUAUUAUUAUUAUUAUUAUUAUUAUUAUUAUUAUUAUUAUUAUUAUUAUUAUUAUUAUUAUUAUUAUUAUUAUUAUUAUUAUUAUUAUUAUUAUUAUUAUUAUUAUUAUUAUUAUUAUUAUUAUUAUUAUUAUUAUUAUUAUUAUUAUUAUUAUUAUUAUUAUUAUUAUUAUUAUUAUUAUUAUUAUUAUUAUUAUUAUUAUUAUUAUUAUUAUUAUUAUUAUUAUUAUUAUUAUUAUUAUUAUUAUUAUUAUUAUUAUUAUUAUUAUUAUUAUUAUUAUUAUUAUUAUUAUUAUUAUUAUUAUUAUUAUUAUUAUUAUUAUUAUUAUUAUUAUUAUUAUUAUUAUUAUUAUUAUUAUUAUUAUUAUUAUUAUUAUUAUUAUUAUUAUUAUUAUUAUUAUUAUUACUAUUAUUAUUAUUAUUAUUAUUAUUAUUAUUAUUAUUAUUAUUAUUAUUAUUAUUAUUAUUAUUAUUAUUAUUAUUAUUAUUAUUAUUAUUAUUAUUAUUAUUAUUAUUAUUAUUAUUAUUAUAUUUUAAGAAUGUGGAUACAUUUUUCCAGUCGGUACGACUAAAAAAAGAAAAACUCUCAAAAUUUUGA